AUAAAUAUGGAGACGUACACAGAAAGCAAAACGCUAUGGGAUGAGUUUGAGAGACAACAAAGAAACGAAACAAGAACAAAUAAUUAUUAAGUUAUGGCUCUCCUCUUUUUCUCCUUCUGUUGGUUCAUCGCCUUCGCUACUGCUACUUUCAACGUCACCACCCUCCCCUUCGAUGAAGGAUACAACCCUCUCUUCGGCGACGGCAAUCUCGUUCGUUCCCCCGACGGCCACAGCGUCCGCCUCCUCCUCGACGUUUACACCGGGUCGGGUUUUAUUUCGUCAAGUAUGUAUCGCCAUGGAUUUUUCAGUGCCAAAAUCAAAUUGCCAUCAGAUUAUACUGCCGGAAUAGUUGUCGCCUUCUAUACAUCAAACGGUGACGUAUUCGAGAAAAGUCACGACGAAUUAGACAUCGAGUUUUUAGGAAAUAUUGAAGGGAAACCAUGGAGAUUCCAGACAAAUAUGUAUGGGAAUGGAAGUACGAACCGAGGGCGAGAGGAACGCUAUAGCCUUUGGUUUGAUCCAUCGAAAGAAUUCCAUAGAUACAGCAUUCUUUGGACACCCAACAACAUCAUUUUUUAUGUGGAUGAAGUUCCGAUUAGGGAAGUGGUGCGAAAUGAUAAAAUGGGUGGAGAUUACCCAUCGAAGCCGAUGUCUUUAUAUGCCACUAUUUGGGAUGCCUCUAGCUGGGCCACCAACGGAGGCAAAAAUAAAGUUAAUUACGAGUAUGCCCCGUUCACCUCCGACUUCAAAGACCUCGUCCUCGAAGGUUGCCCUACCGGUCCUAUCCAGAAGUUCCCCAACACCACCACCUGCGCCGAGACAGAUGCUUGGCUCGAAAGCCGUGACUAUGCCAUCAUGACAUCGAAGAGCCGAUCCGCCAUGCGAAGAUUCAGGCAACGUUACAUGUAUUACUCGUACUGCUAUGACACAGUUCGUUACCCUAUAACGCCUCCCGAAUGUGUAAUCGAUCCAACCGAAAAACAAAGGUUCCGAGACUCUGGGAGGCUGAGAUUCGGCGGAAGCCAUAGGAAGCAAAUGAGUAAUGCUCGCCGGAAGAGAAAGUCACGGCCUACUUCCAAUGUCUUCACUGAACAAAACGAUAUGUGAAUUAACAAUAUAGUUUUGUAAAUUAAAAUUGUGAGCGUUCUUUGGUCCUCAAAAUAUGUUUUUUAUUU